AAAAAAUAACUUCAUCGAAACAAAGAAGAGAAAGUACUAAGUAGGAGUUAGUGACGCGAAAGAUUUUUCUUUCUCGUCUUCUAUCGGAGUCACUUUUCCAGUUUUCCUUUCGUCGAGCAAAACCAAUUAUGAGGCUACUACACUGCCUCCUAGCGGCGACCUUAGCAACUACAUGGUGCGCCGCCUUCCCGCAAGAUGUCUCUUUCCCGCCCAUCUUUACCGACUUCAAAGCGCCAAUGCCAUUCCCUAAUCUGGUCAGUCGUUGGCAAGGUUUCCAAAGAACAAGGGGUUUUGGAAUUUCGCCGAUCAACGAAUUGAGUCAUUCGCCCCUCAGUGAGUUUGAAUAUCCGCCAGUCAACGGUUUUAACGGAUUCGCUGAACUACCAGAAGCGAACGCCAAAUCCCUGAAUCUUCAGGAGAGAAAAUUGCAGCAUGAAGUCCAUCCUGAACUCAGUCCAGAAUCAUUUAUUGCACAUAAUACUGAAAGCGCAGUUCAGCUUAAUUCUGAAAAUAUUUUUGACCCGUUUGAAGCUCCUCAGUAUUCCAAGAUUCCUGAAACCAUUUCAGAUUUUCCCAACCACAACUUUAAUAACUUUCCAGUUCCUUAUGCCCCGGAAUACAUGGAAUUCCUGCGUUCAAGGACACCGCGAUUCCCAUUCUCGUAUAUUCCAGAAUUCCCGGUCCCUGCCCCUCCACCUUCACCCGCCAUUCCCAAUUUCCCCGUUGGAAUUCCAGAGCAUCAUACCCCAAAGGAAUUUCCAUUGAACAAUAUUCCAGGAUUCCAAGUUCCAAAUACCCACACAUUCCAGUCUGAUGCCGUGUGGAGAUUCCCUGCUCAUAAAGUUGAUGAAUUAUCUCAAUCAGUGCCAUCAAUUGUACCUGAAUUCCCAUUCUGGAAUUUCCCCGGAUUCCAAAAUGUUCCAGUUGUCCAUGCAAGUGCUUUUGGACUUUCAUUCCCAGAGAACCCGGAAUUUGCAGAUCCUAAUGUUCCAGGUUUCACACCUCCAAAAGAAUCUGGAUUCCCAUUUGCAUAUGCUCCUGGAAUUAACAGCAUGAAUAUUCCUGAAGUAUCAGCCCCGCGCAUUCCUGAAUUCUUGGUUCCAAAUGUCCCUAGUUUUAAUCUUCCAAAUUCUCCUGAAUUCUUGGUUCCAAAUGUCCCUGGUUUUAAUCUUCCAAAUUCUCCUGAAUUCUUGGUUCCAAAUGUCCCUGGUUUUAAUCUUCCAAAUUCUCCUGAAUUCUUGAUUCCAAAUGUUCCUAACUUCGAAAUUCCAAAUAGUCCUGAAAUCAGAUCUCCGAUCAUCCCUGAAAUCAUGGUUCCAGCUGUACCUAACUUCGCUGUUCCAAACGUCCCUGAUUUUAAUGGUCCAGCUGUUCCUAACUUUGCCGUUCCAAAUAUCCCUGAUUUUAUUAACUUCGCUGUUCCAAAUGCCCCCGAUCUUAAUGGUCCAGCUUAUCCCAACUUCGCUGUUCCAAAUGCCCCCGAUUUUAAUGGUCCAGCUUAUCCCAACUUCGCUGUUCCAAAUGCCCCCGAUUUUAAUGGUCCAGCUUAUCCCAACUUCGCUGUUCCAAAUGCCCCCGAUCUUAAUGGUCCAGCUUAUCCCAACUUCGCUGUUCCAAAUACCCCCGAUUUUAAGGGUCCAGCUUAUCCCAACUUCGCUGUUCCAAAUGCCCUCGAUUUUAAUGGUCCAUCUGUUCCUAACUUUGUCGGGGAAGAAAUCAAACCAUUGGAACAACUACCCCUUCUUGAUCUUGAGCUUCAGAAGACCCGCCAUGCCCCAAGGUCACAUCUGGUUACCCCAUUCACCUUUAACUCUCUCGCUACCAACGAGGGAGUUCCCAUUAACCCCUUCGUGAAUAACCAGUUGCCCCUAACUGCCAUUAACCCAUUUGUGAUUAACACUCAUUCGCGAGAUCUUUUCAUGGAUAAUAACCAAUCACCGGGUCUUUUCAUGACGAAUCACCAGUCACCGAAUCUUUUCAUGGAUAAUAACCAAACCCCGAAUCCUUUCAUGGCCAAUAGCCAAUCACCGAAUCCUUUCAUGGCCAAUAACCAAUCCCCGAAUCCUUUCAUGGCCAAUAACCAAUCACCGAAUCCUGUCAUGGCCAAUAACCAAUCCCCGAAUCCUUUCAUGGCCAAUAGCCAAUCACCGAAUCCUUUCAUGGCCAAUAGCCAAUCACCGAAUCCUUUCAUGGCCAAUAACCAAUCACCGAAUCCUUUCAUGGCCAAUAACCAAUCACCGAAUCCUUUCAUGGCCAAUAGCCAAUCACCGAAUCUUUUCAUGGAUAACAACCAAUCACCGAAUCCUUUCAUGGCCAAUAGCCAAUCACCGAAUCCUUUCAUGGCCAAUAACCAAUCACCGAAUCCUUUCAUGACCAAUAACCAAUCCCCGAAUCCUUUCAUGGCGAAUAACCAAUCACCGAAUCCUUUCAUGGGCAAUAACCAAUCACCGAAUCCUUUCAUGGCCAAUAACCAAUCACCGAAUCCUUUCAUGGCCAAUAACCAAUCCCCGAAUUAUUUCAUGACCAACACCCAAUCACCCCAAAUCCUCGACACCUUCGCACCUCCAAUCAACCCAUUCGUAUUCCAAAAAAUCCAAGGUUCCUCACCCGUUUAUGGAGGACUCCAGAUCUUUAACAACGUGCCGUUUCAACCCCAAGCUGCCAACGGUUACGAAACGGAUUAUAGUGAACCUCAGCUAACGAAUGGACCAGUUCACGGCAACGAGAUCGUGAAUCCUCAUGCUUCUGAAGCUUCUGAAGCCCCGGGUCUCCAUCAUGCCGUGGCGGGUCGGGAGAUCGACGCCUCAAACCAGGAAAUGUUGAACGAGGAAAUGGAGAAAUUCCAAGACUACAACCCAGUUCCAGUUACACCGCCAUUUACACAAAUGGAAGUGGUACAAGGCCCUCACGAUCUCUUAGACUUUGAUGGUUCUUAUAAUGCAUUUGAUCAGCCUGUCUCAGUCUUUUAUUAAUACGAAGGUUUAGAAAGAGGGAGGCUGUUUGUUUGUAAGUCCAUCUCUACACAGUAAGAGGAGUGUUUGUUUUUCCUUUCUCUGUGAAGUAAUCAUAUCAAAGAGAGAAAGAGAGAAAGAGAGAGAGAGAGAAAAUUCGUGAAUGCAGUGAGACAUGAUUUGUAAAUACUGAGUUUUAGAGCAUUUGUUUUUAUCACUAAUCUAGUUUUAUAAUCAUUUCAUUUGCUGCGAAUUAUGUCAGAGAAUGGGAUUAUAUAAUGUAAUUUUUAAAGCACAGUAUAUAAUCAAUUAAAGAUGUUAUGAAGCUUA